AGGAUGGGAAGCUGAAGGACAACUGCCUGAACAAAUCAGCACCUCAAAACAAAAACAAACCACUAGCUCAAUAAGACAAGUGCCAAGGCCAACCGAUUAUCUUUCCAAUCGCGAUGGAGUUGGGGAGAUGCCUGACAUCUUCGCUGGCCGACAACUGCGCAUGACCGCACUUCAACGGUCCCGAAAAUUUCCCGCCCCCGCUGGUUAAAAAAAAAUAGAUGUUAACGAUAAAGAUGCGUAACAUUUUAAACUUGAUGACCAGGAAACGUACAGGCGCCAGUUUUAAAAGAAGAUAUUAAUUCAAAUAUUACAGCCGAGCCAAUCGCGCCGCGUUUUACUGAAGCGGCGCUGUACCAAUCAGUGUUGAAGAUGGAGGCCGGUAGGACGGGGGUUACGUGGAGUUUUGGGGCGCGGAAUGUCACGAAUGUGAAGAAAAAUUCCUCCGGUCCUUUCGUGUCUUUUGAUAACGCUAAAAUAGCCCGCCUAUUAUGUCAGCGUGUAAUUAUUUAAAAAUUAACGACAAAUAAAUUAAGAAGUUCGGGGUCGGGGGGGUUCUUUCCCUCAAUCGAUUCACAGUCACGUGGUAACACCGAGAUGGCGGCGGCAGCGGUGAUGGACGAGGAGUUCGAGGAUGCUAUAGACGUGGAGCCCCUGGAACCCACCCUGUGCAAUAUCAUCGAGCAGAAGUCCCUCAAAUGGAUCUUUGUGGGUGGGAAAGGAGGCGUGGGCAAAACCACGUGCAGCUGUAGUUUGGCUGUGCAGUUGGCGGAGGUUCGGGAGAGUGUGCUGAUCAUUUCUACUGAUCCAGCUCAUAAUAUCUCUGAUGCAUUUGAUCAGAAAUUCUCAAAAGUACCAACAAAAGUGAAAGGCUAUGAUAAUCUGUUUGCUAUGGAAAUUGACCCAAGCCUGGGAGUGGCAGAAUUACCUGAUGAAUUUUUUGAGGAAGAUAAUAUGCUAAGCAUGGGUAAGAAGAUGAUGCAGGAAGCAAUGAGCGCAUUCCCUGGCAUCGAUGAAGCUAUGAGCUAUGCUGAAGUAAUGAGGUUGGUGAAAGGCAUGAAUUUCUCAGUAGUGGUGUUUGACACAGCACCAACAGGGCACACAUUACGACUUCUGAACUUUCCAACUAUCGUUGAGAGGGGACUUGGGAGACUAAUGCAAAUUAAAAACCAGAUCAGCCCUUUCAUUUCCCAGAUGUGCAGUAUGCUUGGACUCGGCGACAUGAAUGCAGAUCAACUUGCUUCAAAGCUGGAGGAGACCUUACCUGUCAUUCGUUCAGUCAGUGAACAGUUUAAAGACCCGGAGCAGACCACCUUUAUCUGUGUUUGCAUUGCUGAGUUUCUGUCUUUAUACGAGACAGAACGACUAAUUCAAGAGUUGGCCAAGUGUAAAAUUGACAGCCACAACAUAAUUGUAAACCAAUUAGUAUUUCCAGACCCUGGGGAGAAACCAUGCAAGAUGUGUGAGGCUCGACACAAAAUCCAAUCCAAAUAUCUAGACCAGAUGGAAGAUUUGUAUGAAGAUUUUCACAUUGUGAAACUCCCAUUGUUACCUCAUGAAGUCAGGGGCACUGACAAAGUCAACACUUUCUCUAAACUCCUGCUUGAGCCUUACAAGCCACCGAGUAAAUGAAUAGACUUCCCUCAUUCCGUUUCAAGACUGAUGCAAAGAGAUCCAAGAUUUGUAAUUUAUUAACACUAUGUUUGUAGGAAGGAGCUUGGGGAGGGAAUGCGUGGAUGUUAUUUAUUGUUUCGAUCGGUUUUUGAUUUCUGGUUAUUGUAACUUUAAGGAGGUGAUUUUUGCAUUGUGAUCUCAAGAGGUUGUGUCAAAGUUGUAGAACGGAGCAUUAUAUAUCUACAGCUUUAUUCUGUGAUUAACUGCUUCAGAUUUUUUCCCUCCUCUUAAUGGUUGUCUGUCCUGUCUCAAGUGACCCCAUGUCUUGAGGACCCAACGCAUUCUCUAUAAUUCUCCUCCUACCAGCAGUUCACUUAACUGUGGCUGCUUCUCCAGUUGAACACCUCGAAAUGAAGUGAUUGGUUUACUACAGAAGCAACAAUUGUUUUCGGAAGCCACAGUGACCCCUUUCCUACUACCCACCCCUGCCCUAUUCCUUUCCACAGAUGCUGCUACCUAAAAAUAGUAUUAUGAAAGUAGCCCAUUAAAUGCUUUGACACAAGCAAGCCACUUUUCUUUUCAGCUGCACUUGAAGUUGUUCAUUAUUUAUGUGAAUAGGAGCAAGCUACCCCAUAUUAGGCAACAAAUUCUAAUUUUUGAGACCAAUUCAGCAAUCAUCAUGUAACUUACAUAUGUUUCUUCAGAGUGUUCCUUACUUCACUCAGCUCUCCAUUAGAUAAGCAGACCAAGUACAUCAUCUGUCUCUUUCAGAACAUGAGUUAUAUGAGAAAGCUUCUCUAAGCCUGACCACUGACAAAAUACUUAAAAUGGUACAUUAGGUUUAAAAAAAUUAUCUGCCAUUGCUUUUUCCGGUGUUGUCAGGCCUUCAAUUCGCUUUAUGCAAUCUGAGACUUGAGAUUUUAUCUGUGUUGAUAUGCUGCUUUGAGUGCUGUCUGUGCUUUAUGGCGCCUUUUUCCAAUUUGGAAAGGCUUUUAAUGAAGAGAAGGGUUUAUGAAGAAUGUACACACACCUGAAACUUUUGACACCCGUCCAUUUUGUUGUAUUGGGUCUGUUUACCAAUUCUCUUGUGGACUCUUUUCCUCUACACUGCCCAUUGUCACACUCUGGGCCAGAUGGGAGUUUGUCUGGAGCCUCCUCAAUGAAUUUGCGGCUCAGAGUGGGAUUGGGCUGUUCCUACUUUCUGACUGAAUCAUUGUCUGUUAAAGUGGCUCACCUAGUUUGACAUAACGAGCGAUGGUGGAGCAGAAAGAUCAAAUGAUUCACAAAGUACAGAGGUCAAAGUGAUGUGAUGUUUACUAGGGCAGGAGUGGACAGGGCUAAUACGGUUCCUGCUGCUGGUCCUUGUCCUCCUGAGCUGAUGAGUAUUUGGAAAUUGUUUGUUGGCCUGGCACCUGAGAAUGGCCACUUAGUACACAAUGCUGUUUAAAUGGUGCUUGGUGUCCUCCUGACAAUCGACACCAUUUUUUUCUUUGACUGGGGUCAUUUAUAACAUGGGAUAAGAAAUUCAAUAAACACCUAAUUAUUUGUGGUGGUCUCACCACAUGAGAGUAUUGCAAUUGUUUUUAACAGUUAGUGAAGUUCACAAUGAGUUGUCUUGAAGGCAUUAUUCUAUGACUGAAGUCAAAAUGCAGACUAAAUACAACAGGGGCCAUACACUACUCGGUGACUGCGAUUUCCCUCAUAUCAGGGACUACAUGUUGAAUGAUAUAUCCACUCUGGUCCAGUCAGUAGUCUGAAAAGAGAAUUGCCAAAAUGGUACAAUAAGUGGCGUUUGUGUGUUAGUAUUAUGGAAACUGAUGGGAAAGGCAAGCUUGCUUAAAAGCACUGGGUCAAUCAUCCCCUGCUUUCUGUUCACGGUUGACAAUUAUCUCUCUGAAACAGGCCCUACCUUCCCAUUAACUAAACAGACUAUUGCUUGAGUUUUAACUAGCCAACUCUCACCAAAGAAAGAUGGGUAGAGAGCUGGAGGGAAGAAUACAUAACCAGGGAUGCUGCCCUUAGGUAAGAGAAACCUAUCUUAACUGGCUAGCAAACAACCCAACUCAUGGACUUAAAUUAAUUCUACAUUUUAAUUUUAAAUUGCAGAAUUAAUUUUAAGUCCAUCUCCAAAUGCUAUUUUCUGCCGAGUUACCUUUUUUGCCUGCUACAGUAACUUUAUUGCUUCCAAAUGAAUGCCGUGUGGCUGAGUUUGCAAUCUAUUUUGAUUUAGCAGAAACUAUCCCAUUUAAGGGAGAUGAUUCAACAUCUGGCACCUGAAGGCAUAGUUGGAAAAGAGGAAUUCACCUGGGGUUCCUGCUGAUGAACUGUUUGUACGGUGUCUAAGCAUUGUUGGAAGAUAGACAUUUGUGGGUGACCACUGAGACAGCAGUAUGUCCCUUAGUGAAUUGAUUUGCUUUUCACAGUGUCGCAAGCUAUGCUGAGGGCAAGAUGCUGGUAGUUACCGAGUGUCUAUGACCAGACCUCCCACUAACAGCAGAAGAAAGAAAAUUGAUAGUGAAAAGCUAUCUUUUUAAAGUAGUAACACUAACAGCUAUUAUUAAAGUUUGAGUUGAGUUUAAAUACUACAAGGGUAAACUUAAAUAUUUAUUUGUAUUGUUUACAAUAAUUUCUAGGCUGGAGAUGGGGAAUAAAUGUAUUAAAACUCUUGAAAUAUACAAUUAUUGUGGGCUGUUGUGUUAUACAUUUUCUAGAUGGAAGAAGGGUACUUAGAGCUUGCAACUGGGGUAGUUAUAUUGUGUGUUAAAGAGAAGCUUCAGAGGGCAACAGUUACAGUGCAAAGAAGAAUGUGGUAGUAAAGGUGAUUCUUUGGUUCCUCGUGCUCCAAAGUUGCUUAUUGUUACUGACAUAAGCCAUAUGUAGCAGUUUCAAAUUAGAAUCUUGGAUGGUUGGAUCCAAGCCUGUCUCGGGGUGGUGGUGGUGGGGGGGGAGCAAAAAGGACCCCACCACAUUUUCCAUUUGUAACUGCCUCUGUGGGAAGUCAUCUAAACUCCGUGAAAGGUGGUGGCUGGGUAUUCUGAUGCUAGACACAAACAGAAUUAGUAUUUUAGAGCAUGGAAGAUGAUCCUUUUGGCUAAAAAUACCUGUACCAACCCUCUGAAAGUUAUUAAAUUUGAUCAACAUCCUUGUUGUCUUUCUCAACCCAUGCUGGCCCUUUAAAUUUCACAUCUUAAAGCAUUAUCUGCUUCACAUUUCGUAAUCCGCAUAUUGUGAUUUCACCUCUAGUUUUAGCAGGGUGUUCCACUUUCCAGCAGGCUUUAUUUAAUUAACAAUUAAGUCUGUCCAGUAAUUAAGUUUCUGUUGACUACUAACCCACUGAUCAGUGGAAAUGGACUUACAGCUGUGUGUGCAUACCUGCACCCAAGAAUGGUAGCAUUUGAAGAAGGUAGCCAAUAACCACUUCCUGAAGGACAAUUAAGGAAGUGCAGUAAAUGCUAGCCUAGUCAGUGACACUCAUAUCCCUUCAACAAAUAAAUAGUGCAAGUCAAAGGCUGAAAUUCAUCACUCUGUGCUCUAGUGUGAAUGUAAUUGCUGAAAUCACAAAACUAAAUUGUUGCCCCUGGAUAUUUAGGAUCUUGUUGUUAAUUCAUGCAUAUACUCGUGCUUAAAUUAAUUUUUAAACCAAUGAGCCAUACGUGUUUUCUGACUUCGUAGAUAAACAGAGUACAGGCUUUGCUGGUUAAACCAGCAUUUCUGUGCACUCCUUAAUUGCUCUGGAGAAGGUGAUGGUGAGCGGCCUCGUUUUGAACUGCUGUAGUCCAUGUGUUCAUGCACUUGUGCUGCUAGUACAUUCCACAGUUUUGACCCAGCAUCAGAGAUUGUGUGUGACUUGAAAGGGAAUUUACUAGUGGUGAUUCCCCUGCCCCUCUAAGUGAUAACGGUCAUGGAUUUGGAAGAUGCUGUCAUUGAAGCCUUUGUGAGUUACUGUAGAUACAUUGCUGACCUCUGCAUUGGUGAUGACGAAUGAAUAUUGAAUAUGCUGGAUGGGAUGCCAAUAAAAUGGGCUUCUUUGUACUGAACGGUGGUGUACUAGUGUGUUAAAGCAGCACACACUCGGGUAACUAUGCCAUCAUACUCCUGGUUUGUGCCUUGUAGAUAGUGGACAGACUCUGGGGAGUUAAGUGCUGAAUUACCAUAGAAUCCUUAGCCUGUGACCCACUUUUGUAGCUUUUAUAUGGCUGGUCCAUUUCAGUUUGUCCUCAGUAGUAACUUCUAGGAAGUUGAUGGUGUAAUUAGUGACAUAAUGCCAUUGAAGGUCAUGGAAAGUGAUUAGUUUCUGUCUUCUUGGAGAUAGUCAUUGCUUGACAUUUUGAGUGUAUGUUACUUGCCACUUUAUCAGGUCAAGCUUGGAUACUGUCCACAUUAUGCUGUUUACAUGGAUGGCUUUAGUAUCUAAGGAGUCAUGAAUGAUGCUGAGCAUUAGUGAACACCCCCAUUUCUGACCUUUUGAUGGAGGACAGGUUAUUGAUGAAGCAGCUGAAGAUUUUUGGACCUAGGCCACUACCCUAAAGAAGUCCUGAAAUGAAUAACACCCCCAACAAUCACAGGCACUGUGCGAGUCACAGGUUCAGGGUUUGGUGUCUAGUUGGAGGCCGGUUGCCUCUGUUGGUUCCAAAAGAGGAAAUCGCAUGGUGCCAUUCCCAUUUUCUACCCAGACCUCUUGCAUUGUUCCUUCUCAGAUAGUAAUCCAAUUUCCACCUGAAUGUUUCAAUUGAACUUUCUGGCACUGCAUUCCAGAUCCUAACCUCACUUCAUGAAAGAGGUUUGCCUCAUGUUGCAGGUGAGUUCAUCUGUUCUUUAGCAGCAAUAAUUGGUAUCCUUUAACAUAUUACCCAGGACACCUGAAGUGGGCAGAAUCGCGGCCUCACUGUGCCAGGGUCCUGAGUUUGAUUCCAACCUUGGGUGACUGUAGAGUUUGCAUAUUCUUCUAUGUGGAUUUCCUUCAGAUCUCUGGUUUCUUCCCAGCUAUCAAAGAUGCACAGGUUAGGUGAAUUAGCCAUGAUAAAUGUGAGUUUAUGCGGAUAGGGUAGAGGUCUGGAUGGGAUAGUCUCCAGAGGGUUGGUGCACAUUCAAUGAGCCAAAUGGCCUCUUUCCACAGGAGAGGGGAUUCUAUGAUUCCAACUUCCUUAUUCCUCCUUGUAGCCUCAUGAUUCACUUCAACUAACGCAACUAGAGAUGGGACAUAAAUGAUGGUCCAGCCAGUGACACCUACAUCCCAUGAAUGAAUUUGGGGGGGGGGAAAAAACAGGGCCACAGUUUAAACAUAAUAUCUACCCCCCCC